AUGGAACCGAUUUCUCGGAGACCCGAGCUGGCCUCGCCGGAUGAGAUGGCAACCCGCGCACAAGCCCCAGCCGAUCAAUCGCUGCUGCGAUCAACGCCAGCCGACGAGAUGCACGACUUGCUUUGUGUGGGAUUUGGCCCGGCAUCUCUGGCCAUCGGCAUUGCGCUGCAUGAUGCCAUGGAUCCCGCACUGGGCCGCGGUGCAUCCGGGCCCAGCUGGACACCCAAGGUAUGCUUCCUCGAGCGCCAGAAGCAGUUUGCCUGGCACUCGGGGAUGCUAGUACCGGGCUCGCGCAUGCAAAUCUCCUUCAUCAAGGACCUGGCCACGCUCCGGGAUCCGCGCAGCAGCUUCACCUUCCUCAACUACCUGCACCACAAGGACCGCCUGAUCCACUUCACCAACCUGGGCACCUUCCUUCCGGCCCGAAUGGAGUUUGAGGAUUAUAUGCGGUGGUGUGCUCAACGCUUUGAGAAUGUGGUGGGAUACGGCGAGGAGGUAGUGGAGGUGGUUCCUGGUCAGACGGAUGCCCGUGGGGAGGUCGACUACUUUACCGUGCACUCGCGCAAUGUUGCGACGGGCCAGACCUCGGCCCGGAGAGCGCGCAAGGUGGUCCUAGCCAUUGGUGGUCGGGCCAAGAUGCCCCCGGACCCGCGCAUCAUUCACUCGUCCAAGUACUGCACCACGCUGCCGGCCAUGCUGAAGAACGAGUCCGAGGCCUACAACAUUGCCGUUGUGGGUAGCGGCCAGAGCGCCGCGGAAAUCUUCAACGACCUGCACCGACGGUAUCCCAAUUCGCGAACAACACUGAUUCUCCGUGAUUCGGCCCUACGGCCCAGCGACGAUUCCCCAUUGUACAGGAAAACAAAGUGCAUUACAACUAACCUAGGUCAUCUCAUUAGUGUGAACGAAAUCUUCAACCCAGAACGCGUCGACAGCUUCUUCCACCUGUCCCCCGAAGAGCGAAAGCAACGCAUUGUGACAGACAAGGCAACCAACUACAGUGUGGUGCGGCUGGAACUCAUUGAACAAAUCUACCACGACAUGUACCUGCAGCGGGUGCAGAACCCCGACGAAACACAGUGGCAGCACCGCAUCCUGCCAGAACGCAAAGUGGCCCGCGUCGAGCACCACCAGCCGUCGAGCCGCAUGCGCGUCCACGUCAAGUCAGUCCAAGAUGAGACCGAGGGCAACGAGGUGCUGGAGGUCGACGCGAUGAUGGUGGCCACGGGGUACCACCGCGAUGCGCACGAGGCAAUGCUAGACCAGGUACGUGCACUGCGACCGGCGGGUCAGGCAGCUUGGAGCCCCGGCCGAGAUUACCGCGUCACGCUGGACCCCAGGAAGGUCAGCGCACAAGCAGGCAUCUGGCUGCAGGGUUGCAACGAGCAGACCCACGGGCUGAGUGACAGCCUGCUGUCGGUACUUUCGGUGCGGGGCGGCGAGAUUGUCAACUCGAUGUUUGGCGAUCAGCUCUCGGUGCAGGACACCCGGUUGCGCGCCAUGCUGUGA